AUGGAGGUUAGACCUAGGGAGGAGGCAGGGAAGGAGGCUCAAGGGCGGGAUGCUCCAGGCUGGAAGGAGUUAAGCGGAGGCCGGGCCCCGCCCCCCGCAGGCCGCAGCGCCCGAGCCCAGCCGGAGCCGGAGCCCGAGCCGGAGCCCGAGCCGGAGGAAGGGGAAGACGGCGGCGGCGGCCUCGGAGCCUGCCACCCCCCGGGGGAGCGAGCCCGCCCGCCCGUCCGGCGCCUGGGGACUGUCGGGCCGGCCCGAGCCCGAGGCCCUAGCCUCGGAGCCGAGCGGAGCGCAGCGGAGGGCUGGGCCGGCCCGGCCCCGGGCUGCCAACUCCGGGGGCGGACCCGGGAUUCCCGGGAUCCCCCAGAACCCCCUGAUCUCCCGGCCCCAAGCCCCUGCGCCGCCCCGCCUCCCCCGGGCCGGAUCCCCCACGCCAGCUACCCCGCGAGCCUCCGGCCUUGUCAAGAGGCCCCUGCCGGGUCCCCGGGGUCCCCGAGAUGUGAACCAGGGGCGCGCGGUCCGGCCAUGGCCGGAGAGCGGCCCCCGCUAAGCGGGCCGGGGCCGGGGCCGGGACCAGGGCCGGGGCCAGGGCCGGGACCGGGGCCAGGAGAAGGGCCCGGGGAGGCCGGGGGGGAGGGGCCCCCGGCGCCUGGGGGCGGGGGCCGCCCCUCCUCCUACAGAGCGCUCCGCAGCGCUGUGUCCAGCCUAGCCCGGGUGGACGACUUCCACUGCGCCGAGAAGAUCGGGGCCGGCUUCUUCUCCGACGUGUACAAGGUCCGCCACCGACAGUCUGGACAGAUCCUCGUGCUGAAAAUGAACCGGCUUCCCAGUAACCGGGGCAACACACUUCGAGAGGUGCAACUUAUGAAUCGACUUCGGCACCCUAACAUCCUGCGGUUCAUGGGGGUCUGUGUGCAUCAGGGGCAAUUGCAUGCCCUAACUGAGUACAUUAAUGGGGGAACCCUGGAGCAGCUCCUCAGCUCCCCUGAGCUUCUGACCUGGCCAGUCAGGCUCCGCCUGGCCCUGGACAUCGCAAGGGGCCUCCGCUACCUACACGCCAAGGGUGUUUUCCAUCGGGACCUCACCUCCAAGAACUGCCUAGUACGGCGGGAAGAGGACGGCCUUACAGCUGUGGUGGGUGACUUUGGGCUGGCAGAAAAGAUCCCUGUGUACAGGGAGGGGGCAAGGAAGGAACCAUUGGCUGUGGUUGGCUCUCCGUACUGGAUGGCACCUGAGGUACUUCGAGGAGAAUUAUAUGAUGAGAAGGCGGAUGUCUUUGCUUUUGGGAUUGUCCUGUGUGAACUCAUUGCCAGAGUCCCUGCAGACCCUGACUACUUGCCCCGAACUGAGGAUUUUGGUCUGGAUGUUGCUGCUUUCCGUGCCCUGGUUGGGGAGGACUGCCCCCCACCCUUCCUGCUCCUGGCCAUUCACUGCUGUAGCAUGGAACCUCGUUCCCGAGCCCCCUUCAGCGAGAUCACACAGCAUCUGGAGCACAUCCUGGAGCAGUUACCUGGGCCCCAGAGUCUGGCUAAGUCGGUCCCCUCUGCCCCAACCCAGGCAUCGGCCCCAAGAGAUGGCCCAUCUACUGCUCCCUCUCAGCACUUGCCACUGCCCCCUGAUCCCCGGCUUGCUCGCAGCCACUCUGACUUAUUCCUUCCACCAUCCCCAGGGCUGCUUCCUUGCUGGGGAGAUCCCCAGACCCGAGUCAACCCCUUCUCACAGAGGGAAGACCUUUGGGGUGGCAAGAUCAAGCUCUUGGACACGCCCAGCAGAAGGGCCAUCCCCCUGUUGCCACUGCCCACUGCCACCCCAACUCCUGUGACCACACCUGAGCCUCUGGUUCAACUACCUUACCCCCGCCCCCUCCCAGGAACCCCUGCCCGAAGAUGCCGCUCCCUACCCUCCUCUCCAGAGCUGCCUCGCCGGAUGGAAACUGCUCUGCCUGGGCCUGGCCCACCUCCUGUGGGCCCCGUCUCUGAGGAUAGGAUGGACUGUGGGGGCAGCAGUCCUGAAACAGAGCCCCCAGGGCCUAGGCCCUACCCGUUCCCUGCUGCAGUCAACGAUAAUUUCAUCAGCACCUGUUCCUCAGCCUCGCAGCUCUGGUCCUCCAGGGCAGGACCCUCCACUGGACUCCUAAUCAACAACAAUCCUUCCCCUGUGGUAGUGAGCUCCCCCCCAGGCUGGGGUGGCCAACCCUGGGGCAGAGCUCAUCGCAGCUUGCCCCAGGCCACAGCCCUGGAACGGACUGAGCCUCCUACCCUUCCUCCCACUGUGGCCCCCAGGGAACCUGAGGAGGGGCUUCCCUGCCCUGGCUGUUGCCUUGGCCCCUUCAGCUUCAGUUUCCUGUCUGUGUGCCCCCGACCUACACCUGCUGUAGCCCGCUACCGCAACCUAAACUGUGAGGCCGGCAGCCUCCUCUGCCACCGAGGGCACCAUGCCAAGCCUCCCACGCCUGGCCUACAGCUGCCUGGAGCCCGCUCCUAGCAACAGGGAGUGGGGGAGAUCUUGUCCCUUGUGCCCUGAACUUUGGUCAGCAGAAGACUGAUCCCCUGAAUAUAGCAGUUAGAUCCUGGGCAAUGCCAGCCUCAGCAAUCCACUCCCUGCCUAGGUUCAAAAGACUGGAGUCUGCUGUUGGGCAGCAGUGGCUGGGACAGAACUGAUAGCCACUGGACACCCUCCCCAAACCAACUUGGACUCAAAGGCUAGAGCACUCCUUAGCCAAACCCCAGGACCCUCCAGGGUCCAACACAGCAUAACUGACAUGGACACAUAUGGUGUGGUUGACACACAAGACUAACACACAAAUUAUUUAAAAGUAUUUCAAUAAAACUGCCUGGCUGGCUCCGGGCCGCCCGCACCCAA